UUCUGAUAUUCACAUUAAUUUCCAAAAAUAAGUUAAUCCCGCCUUAUCUAAAAAAUUAUCAGAUAACAAUGGCUGCUCCGGCCAUAGAGGGAGCAGCCGUAACGGCACUCCGGUCAGUGAUGGCCCGAGUCCGCCAAGCUGCAGAGCGAGCCCGGAGACAACCGGAAUCCAUAAGAGUCGUGGCUGUGUCCAAAACCAAACCAGCAUCACUUAUCCGCCAAGUCUACGACGCCGGCCACCGUUGCUUCGGCGAAAAUUACGUUCAAGAAAUCAUAGAUAAAGCUCCUCAGCUGCCGGAAGAUAUAGAGUGGCAAUUUAUCGGGCAUUUGCAAAGCAACAAAGUUAAAACUCUAUUAGCUGGAGUUCCAAAUCUAGCCAUGGUUCAGGGUGUGGAUAAUGUGAAGGUGGCAAAUAUUCUUGACCGAGUGGUUUCAGGCCUUGGAAGAAACCCUUUGAAGGUUUUGGUCCAAGUGAAUACCAGUGGAGAAGCAUCGAAGUCUGGUGUUGAUCCUUCAGGUUGUGUAACCAUUGCCGAACAUGUUAAACUGAGCUGCCCAAAUUUGGUAUUUUCUGGCCUUAUGACAAUAGGGAUGCCGGACUAUACAUCAACACCAGAGAACUUUAGGAUACUAUUUAACUGUAGACUUGAGGUUUGCAAGGCACUUGGGAUGGCAGAGGACCAGUGUGAGCUAUCGAUGGGCAUGUCUGGUGAUUUUGAGCAAGCGAUUGAAAUGGGCAGCACCAUUGUGAGAGUUGGUUCAACCAUAUUUGGACCAAGGGAGUACCCAAAGAAGCAACCCAGCUAGUGGCUUCAUGGUGGUGGUUGUACUAUAAAUUGAUUGCAAAUGUAUUAACUGAUUCAUUUGGAAUUGGUUAAUAUAACGAGCAACAUUACGGCA